UAUGAAUAGUUUAUCAAUAGCAGUAUUUAUUUAUUUAAUUUUGAAUGAAACGGCUCUCCAUACAUUCUAACUAGUUUGUUAAGCUGCGACUGAGGUUCGUCAGCUGCAGUCUAACUUUUUUCUUUUAAAUAAAAAAACAGCAGAGAUUCUCGGAUAGAUUAAAACACGGUAACUAAUAAAGCGCCUAAUAAUAAACCGUAGAAUUCACAUACUGAAAAUAAAGCUAAUGCUGUUUGGGAUGAAACCUUUCUGAAUAAAAUAUUUUCAUAAUAGAAUAAAUGUAAUUACCAUAAAUCCUCAUUUGCACAAAGCAAUCCAGGUAUCGUUGUGUGUAAAGAUACAUUUUUCAAAUUACAAAGAAUACAAUCAUGUUCACUUGUGGGUUAAACUUGAUGUCUUUAAAAUUGCAUCUCUUUUAUUUUACGGGGGAGCGGCAGAAAUAUAUAACCCGUCCGAAUUCUUGCGAGAGUUUCUACGAGAGUUUGAUGCCUUCAGUUGGCUUUAGCUGGUCUGGAAAAUCCUGUGGUCUGUGAUCCAGCUGCAGGUCCAGUUGUUUAGUCACAAAGUCUGUUAGUGUGAACAAGGUGGGCCUGGAUCCAGUCCCACCUUUCCCAAUAAACCUUUAAACUGAGUUUUAAAGCGGUAACAUGAUUCUCUGUUUGGCUCCACCUGCAGGACGCAUGUUGUUAUUGCAGAAUCACUUCGCUGGAAUAAUAUUUUAUUUUGCGUCAAAUCGUCACGUAAACACCGGUUUGUUUCUAACAACUUUUUAUAUGAUAAACGAAGCAAGUAAUCGGCUCUCUUAAGGUUUUCUGGCUUUCCCAUUGUUUGUUUUUACUAGAAUCCGGUUUUUCCAGCCAUGAGAAAAAGGUGUGUCGCGUCGCAGGUGUGCCGACCUGCUUUUCGUCAGUUAAAAACACGGAAGGUUUCAGGCUGUGGGUGGUUCUCCUGCUGAGUGAAGCAAAACUUCAUGUUGUCAUUCAGCCUCCAGAAUAAGACGGCUCAAAAAUCUGUUCAGGGUAAAGAAAGAGCCUGAACACUUUCUCCGGAACCAAGAACCGCUCAGCGGGAUUUUCGGUGGCAUGGCAUUCGCCGCACAGACGCAUCCAGGCGGGCAGGAGAUCUCGUCGGUCCCCGGCAACACGGAGAGCCUGACUCCCUCCGCUGUUAACCGCAUUCUGAUGGAGUUCAUGAUUUACUUCGGCCGAGCCGUGGUGGUCUUCUACCCGGUGUACCUGACCGGGUACCUGGGCCUCAGCAUCAGCUGGGUCCUGCUCUGUAUGCUCAUGUUCACCUGGUGGCAGAAAAACCGGCAGUGGAAGGACGUUCGGAUCGGAUCUGCUAUUGAUUUAGUGGACAACGAGGCGCAUGUUAUCAGCACCGAGCUGAAGACUUCCUUACAGAUGGCUUCAUGGGUGCAUUUCACAGACGUUGAGAAGGUUAAUUGGGUGAACAAGGUGUUGAAGCAGGUCUGGCCCUUCUUUGGGAUGUACAUGGAGAAACUUCUGAGAGAGAACAUCCAGCAGACGGUCAGGAUGUCCAACUCUGCGCUCAAAAUGUUUACUUUUACCAAGAUCCACUUUGGAUACAAACCUCUCAGGAUCAUGGGGAUAAGAGCAUACACCCAUGAAGUGGACCAGAGGGAGGUGAUUCUGGACAUGAACAUCAGUUAUGAUGGUGACGUGGACAUCAAUGCAGAUGUGAAUGCAGCUAUCAAAGCUGGAGUUAAAGAGUUGAAGUUCGUAGGAAUGCUCCGAGUCAUCUUAGAGCCCCUGGUUGGUCAGGCACCACUGGUGGGAGGAGUCACUUUGUUUUUCAUUCGCCGCCCUAGUUUGCAGGUCAACUGGACCGGCAUGACCAAUGUGUUGGACAGCCCUGCGUUUAGCUCCCUGUCUGAGCAGAGCAUUAUAGACAUCAUUGCAUCUAUCAUGGUCCUGCCGAAUCGCAUGUGCAUUCCACUGAUUGACCAAAUCAAAGUAGAUGUGAUGAGGUUUCCUCUGCCUCGGGGCGUGGUCAGGGUCCAUGUGUUGGAGGCCAGAGACCUGGUGGCAAAGGACACAUACAUGAUGGGGCUGGUGAAAGGCAAGUCAGACCCUUACACCACGCUCAGAGUUGGCAACCGAUAUUUCAAAACCAAGACCAUCAAAGAAAAUCUGCACCCGAAAUGGAAUGAAGUUUAUGAGUUUGUUGUUCACGAGGCACCUGGACAGGAGCUGGAGGUGGAGGUGUAUGAUGAGGACAGAGAUAAAGAUGAUUUUCUAGGAGGCUAUAACCUGGAUUUCGGAGAAGUGAAAAGGGAGAAAGAAAUGGAUCAGUGGUUUCCUCUGGAACGAAUUGCUCAUGGGGAGAUUCAUCUGAAGCUGCAGUGGUUCGCCCUAAACUCUGAUCCCUCUCUGCUGAAGGAGUCCAACGCCGGUCUGUCCUGUGCUAUGCUCGCUGUCUAUCUGGACAAUGCUUCCAACCUUCCACUCACAAGGAGAAAUGCGGGUCCCAGCUCCUAUGUGGAAAUUUCCAUUGAUAAGGAUGUUCAGAAAAGCAAGGUUGUGUAUAUGAAUAAAGACCCAGCGUGGGAGCAGGGCUUUAACUUCUUCGUACAGAACAUAAAAACUCAGCAGCUCACAGUUCAGGUCAAAGAAAAUGAAAAGAAGACUCUGCUCGGUGUUCUCAACCUGCCUCUCAGUCGCCUCUUCAGCAUCUCCUCAAUGUCUGUAGACCAGCGCUUCCAGCUGGAGCGCUCUGGAGCCAACAGCCAGAUUAAACUGAAGGCCACGCUGAGGAUUCUUACUCAGGAACAACCACCACCCAAAAUCCCCCAGACUUCUCCUCCGAACGUCAAACAGCAGACGAAAGCAGGAGGAAACACCUCUGCGUCCACUCCCUCUGCUGCAUCUGCUGCACCUGUUGCAUCUGUUUCCCCUAACAGUACACCUGCAGCAGCCUCACCAGUUCUGCCGGAUGUUCCUCCGGACGGAACAAAGGAGACUUCUUCAGCUCAGCCACGCCGCAACUCUUUCCUGGCUCCUGAAACCAGUAAUCCCUCAAACUCAAACAUGCGUCGCUAUGACUCCCACAGCCUGCUGUCAGACAACUCCAUCGCCUCGUCACGGUUCGACUUAACAGACGGAGCCGCCUUUCCAGAGGCUAUUAGGAACCAUCAAGGCUCAUUUGGAGAGAUCAACCUGACUGUACGCUAUGCUACCAUUAGGAAUAAACUUAUGGUCCUGGUUCACUCUUGCAGAAACCUGUUUCCCUGCAGUCAGAACGGCACAGACUCCUACGUCCGCGUGUAUUUCCUCCCAGACCAAUCAUGGAGACACCGCAAAAAGACGCAUGUCAAGAAAAAGACAGUCGAUCCUGUCUUUGAAGAAAAGUUUGAGUUUGAUGUGUCACUUGCAGAAGCGCAGACCAGAAAGCUGGAUGUGGCUGUUAAAAAUAACAAGAUGCUCCAUACAAGGGAGAGAAAGGACAUUGGCAUGGUGACGUUGGAUUUCUCACAGAUGGAUCUAGUUAAAGGCGUCUCAGAAUGGUUUGAACUUACACUACCUGGACUGAUGAGUUCCGGUACACGGAAGCGGUUGUAAAACAAAGAUGUUCCAGGCUCUGGAGGAGUUGGAUCUUUGAGGGUCUGAUGUGGCUCGCUUCCAGGAAGCCUAACAGUGACAUCUUUCCAGUAAUAUUCCAGACCAGGGCACCUUCUAAAGCUCUUAUUUGGAAGUGGUGUUGAGUUCAUCUUGUCUCUGAAGUAAAUGUUACAGCUUCAAGCAAUUGUGUAAAUAUCUUGUUAUGUAAUAUGAAUACUGUGGGCUGUAAUAAUAAGGACACUUGUAAUGUUUUUUCCUUUUUAUAUGAAAUGUAAAAAAAAAUGCUGUCAUUUAAAAAAUAUUCAUUCCACGGAGAACACAAGAUAAAAACAAAUGUUUCCUUUUCGUUCUCCUGAGCUGCCUCUGUGUGGGAACUGGAAUUUUAGAUAAGAAAACAAGUUAAAGAAACAAAUGUUUGUUGCAUCAAACUCAGAACCAUUGCAAACUGAGGACCGGUUCCAAACCAUAAUGCUCCAGAAAGUGCUCCUGUUAACAGCUGUGUCCGUGUACCUGAGCUCGCCGGCUGGAAAACUGUCUAAGCAAAUCCCAUGAAGGGUUGUGCUGAGAGGCGACAGAAAAAUGCUUUUAGUGUUUUAGGAGUGGAAAGUACAUGUUUUAAACCUGUUUUUUUUUCUUCAUAUUUGUGCUGGAAAGCACAUUUCUUGUUAAAUCAUUUGUAUCAUCUAAGGGUUUCACUUUAACAGGGUUUUACAUUAUAAAAGUAUAUUUUAUUUAGAGUAAAAGCCAUAUUUAGUAUGUAUGGGUUAAAACUAUCUUCUCUGUAGCUAACCACUAAUCUAUAAUAAAUAAUACAAUACAUCAUUUUAGGAGAAUUAUACUUAGCACUAAAUUCAUUUAAAGUUGUUUUGUCUAAUUUCUGCUGUUCAUAAGUUUCGAAGGAGAGUUGUUUCUAAGUUUGUUUGUGAGGUAAUACUCAAUAAUUUUGUUUUAAGGUAUUUAUUAAAAAUAAACAUGUUCAAAUAGA